AUGCAUGCCACCCUUCUCGCAGCUCUAGGGGUCACCCUACAGGCCGGCCUCGCUGCAGCCCAAACCAAAGUGACAGUGAACGCAGGCACCACUUACCAGGUAAUUGAUGGGUUUGGCUUCUCAGAGGCCUUUGGCUUCGGCAGCGGAGUCGAAAAUGCACCCAGUGCACAGCAAACUCAGGCCCUGAACUACAUGUUCAGCACUACUGAAGGAGCGGGAAUGACGAUCCUUCGUAACCGCAUUGCUGCGGAUGCAGGCGGCACCAUUGAGCCCAAUAGCCCUGGGUCACCAUCGGCUACCCCAAGUUACAGGGCUAUUGGCGACGACAGCAGUCAGAUAUUUUGGUCCCAGAAAGCUCGGGCAAUGGGAGUCAAGUACAUCUAUGCCGAUGCCUGGAGCGCACCUGGUUUCAUGAAGACAAACGGCAACUACAUAGACGGUGGAUACCUCUGCGGAGUGACUGGACACACCUGCUCCUCUGGCGAUUGGAGACAGGCGUAUGCGAACUAUCUCGUGCAGUACAUUAAAGACUACGCGAGCCAGGGCAUUACCAUUGACUUUGUUGGUUUUCUCAAUGAACCUGAAUUUGCGCCUGACUACGACUCGAUGCUUUCCGAUGGAACCAUGGCGGCAUCCUUCAUUCCAAUUCUCUACAACACUAUCAAGGAAGCUGGACUGUCCACUGGUAUCACCUGCUGCGAUGCCGAAGGUUGGAAUGAUCAGGCCACCUUCACAGAGCAGAUCAUCUCUGCUGGAGCCGAUCAGUAUCUGUCACGUAUCACGUCUCACUGGUAUACUUCGCAGGGCACUUCUCCCAUCAACACUGACCUUCGGGUCUGGGAGACCGAAUACGCGGACUUGGACGAUGCCUUCUCAACUACCUGGUAUUCCAACGGCGCAUUCAAUGAGGGUCUUACCUGGGCCAAGCUUAUCUACCAGGGUCUUGUUGAAAGCAAUCUCAGUGCGUUCUUGUACUGGGUUGGCGCUCAAUCGAAUAGCAAUGCUGCUGGCUUGGUCACUCUCACCGGCUCCGGUUCCUCCACGCAAGUGACCGCAUCCGCCUCUCUCUGGGCCUUUGCUAUGUUCUCGCGCUACAUCCGACCAGAUGCCGUGCGUAUCGGCACGUCAGGUGCUCCGACCAACACGCAGGUCGCGGCCUUCAAGAACACAGAUGGUUCUAUUGCCGUCGUAAUGAUCAACUCCGGCAGCAGCUCACAGACCGUCUCUCUUGGAGGCGUGUCCUCCUCAACGGUCAAAGGGUACUACAUGGACAACUCUGUCUCAUCGCCCUCUAGCUUGUCGGUUACCUCCAGCGGCGGUAAUAUAGGGGUUACCCUGCCCGCUUAUUCAGUGGUCACUCUUGUCCUCUCGGGAUCCACAAGCUCGUCGCCUCCUCCUGCUACAACAACAACAACCGAAACGAGCACUGGUGGCUCAACUGGUACAAGUGUUGCCCAGCACUGGGGUCAGUGUGGUGGCCAAGGCUGGACCGGCCCCACAAGCUGCACUAGCCCGUACACCUGCCAAGAGCAGAACGCUUACUACUCACAAUGUCUGUAA